CUAAAGUUAAAAUAUUUCAAUUACAGGUUUAACAUUUUCCAUAGCCUAAUUAGAAAAAUGUGGAAGGCCACGCUCUUCCUGUUGGUGUGUUUGUCAGCGAUGGUGUUGCUAUGUACAGCGAAUGAAGAACGCGAGGCAGAUUUGAAAUGUUCAGAAAGAGAGUCCAAUGGCAUUUGUCCAAUGAUCCUAUCUCCAGUGUGUGGAAGUGACGGUGUGACAUACGCCAACAAAUGCUCACUGUGUGAAAGGAAUGCUAAGCAACCAAGAGGGACUGCAAAAGUAACACUGCGACACUCUGGCGAAUGUUAAUUGAAGAUUCCUCUCGAACAACUGUGAUCAAAGGGCAUAUAUUUACAACUUAAUUCUUCAGCGAGCGGUGUAACGAUAAUAAAAAAUUGGGUGUAAAUAAGUUAUUUUCCAUAUGUCGAUCUACUGUUUUGUCGUUUUAAUGUUCCCCGGGGACAGCGGAUUCAUUCAAGUCCGCCAAUACCAACUUAAGCCUAAUCCAUAAUUUAAAUCUUACAAUGAAGUUGAAUUGAAGCACACCACAACACUAAGUCCGCCCCACCAAAGUAUGGACUAGCAUUUAAAUUGCCAGAUAGCAAUCCUGAUUUGGUGUUACGUAGCAUUGUGCGUUGCCCACAAAACCUGAGUACUAGUCGCCAUUCGCCAACCGCUCAUGCUUGAAAAUGGCCAAGAAGACAGUGGCAUGUCGUGUUGGAGUAUCUUAAAAUUUUGCUUUGAAGCAAAAAGCAUAGAGAAGACAAUAUAAAUAAUAUAGAGACACAAUAUUGUCAUCCUGGUGGGAAUUUGAUGAAUACUUGCAAUGCAAGAUGAAUUAACAAAAUAUAUUAUAUUCAAGAAAAGAUACAGCGGCCGAAAACAUGACGGUCAAAAAUAAGUGCAUAGCUAAAAAAAUGAAA